AUGUCAACUACCUUUCAAAAUAAACGCAAAUUAGAUCAACUCAAUGAGUAUACACGUACCACUAUAUCCAAGAAAUGUCCUAAAUCUAAAUUUCCAUUUUACCCAGAUAACAUAGACCCACAAAUCAUUUUAAAAGACGUAACAUUAGAUGGUAAUUAUUCUAAUUAUGUUGAGGAGGAUGAAUCUGAAAUUGAAGAUACAAAUUAUUCUCCUGGAAAAUUUGGUCAAUAUAUUUCUCAAAGUGAUAAAGUUGGUGGUAGUGAGUUGAAAAAUAAUGAUACCAAUAAAAGUGUUGAUUCUUUAACUGAUGAAGUUGUUAAUUCUCAAAGUGAAAAAGUUGGUGAUAUUCAAGGUAAAGUAGUUGGUGAUAUUCAAGGUAAAGUAGUUGGUGAUAAUCAAGCUAAAGUCGAUAUCAAAAUAAUGGUUAAGGAUCUAAUCAUAACUGUUAAAGCUACUGAAAUUGAAAUAAAAAACUAA